AUGGUGGUUUGGUGGUCAGCGGUGAAGGGUCAUCUGGUUAAGGAAGAAGAGGUGAGGGUAGGGGUUGAUGAAGGUGGUUGGCAGCGAAUAACAGUGGAGAACGAAGAUGGUGGGUUUCAGCUAAAGUUUGGUGUCGCUGGGAAUUUGAGGUUUUAUUGGAAACUCACAUUUCUCUGUAUGAGGUUUUGUUCAUUGAGGUGCUUAGACCACUUACAUUCUAUCUCAAGCAAUUAA